AUGGCGGCAAUGUACACCGACGAGCAUCCUGCGAGUGUCCCUGAGAGCAAGCAGCGCGUCAUCCACGAGCCCGGCACGUCGGCCAUCUCGAAGAACAUCCCACUUUCGGAGGUAAACCGCCACUGCACGCCGGAGAACUGCUGGGUGGCCUUGAAUGGCAAGGUCUACGACCUCUCGGAGUUCAUGGAUCGCCACCCCGGUGGCCCCACGACCAUCCUCGCCUGGGCCGGGAAGGACGCCUCGAAGUUUUUCAAUGACAUCCACAAGGGUGUGAAGAUCGACGCCUACUUGCGGCCGGAAGCCUUCCUCGGCGACUUGGGCGUGGACGGAGAUCUGAUGUCCGACGAGUACUGGCACCAGCUCCGUGAGGCCCGCAUUGUGGAGAUCCGCCAGGAGGUGGAAAACCUGCUCCAUCGGUGCACCAAAACGCACAAGGCC